UUGUAAUGUGCCUUUUCUUUUUCUUAAUCCAAAACUCAUAUCUGCAUUAUUUGACAUUUUGCGACAAGUUCAGGGGGCAAGAAAUAAAAAAUCAAAUUUGCCAUUUGUCAUUAUAUUAUAGGCGUUACAAAGACAGAACCCUAUAGAAAAAAAAGAAAAAAGAAAAAGGAAAAACCCUCCGGAAGGGAACCAAAACGUCGCUCUGCUCUGCUCGCACUCCUGUACAAAGAAGCUGAGUUCAAACUGAAAAUCUAAUAAAACCCUAAAAAUUGGCGAAAAUGGCGGGGACAAGUGAACAAGACAUGAGUGGUUGGACUGAUCUUCUACACUCAUCCACUAAGCUUCUCGAACAAGCUGCUCCUUCUGCUCAGUUCCCUCCUCUCCAGAGGAAUUUAGAUCAGUUAGAAGCAUUAUCUAAGAAACUCAAGGCUAAAUCCUUGAGAACUGACGCUCCUACUCAAUCUAUCGCUGCCACAAGGCUUCUUGCUCGUGAAGGAAUUAACGCGGAGCAGCUUGCUCGAGACCUUAAGUCUUUCGAAUUGAAGACAGUAUUUGAGGAUGUCUUCCCUGCUGAGGCUACAACUGUUGAAGAAUAUUUGCAACAGGUUCAUGAAAUGGCAAUGGUGUCAGCCAUACAGGAAGCUCAGAAGGACAGCCUGAGAAGCUUUAAUGAUUACAUGCUGAAAGUUUUAGAGGAAGAUUGGCAAAAGGAAAAACGGGACUUUCUUCAGAGCUUGAGCCGGAUUUCGGCAUUACCUAGGACUAACGCGAUUGAAACAAGUAGUGGAGGUACUCGUUCAGGUCAAAUAGCAUCUGUUGCUUCCAGCCCUCAGGCUUCUUCUGGCCCAAUUGGCAUGGAGCUUGUACCUUUAGCCAACAUGCCAAUCUUGGAGAAAAAAGCUUCAGCUUAUGCUGAAGUUGUGAAGAAUUUGAAUAAUGCAAGAGAGCAUGGCUUGCAAUUUAAGCCUGCAACAGCCUUCAAGAAUGCUUAUGAUAGUUUGGGUCAUGAAGCUUCUGGUGGAAAAUCAGUUAACAUGCAGAAGAUGUGGCAUCUUAUUCAGACAUUGAUGGGUGAGAAUUCAACCUUUCAACGGAAUCUUUCGAGAAAAAUGUCAUUAGUGAUUGGAGCAAGGCGGCAUUUAGAAUGGGGACAUGAAAAGUAUAUUAUGGACACAAUACAAAGUCAUCCAGCACAGGCUGCCCUCGGUGGUGCUGUUGGAAAUUUACAAAGAGUUCGUGCUUUUCUUCGGAUUCGCUUAAGGGAUUAUGGUGUUCUAGAUUUUGAUGCAGGAGAUGCACGUAGGCAGCCACCAGUUGAUACCACUUGGCAGCAGAUUUAUUUUUGCUUGAGAACUGGGUAUUAUGAUGAAGCAAGAAACAUUGCCCUGUCAUCCCGUGCUUCUCAGCAAUUUGCUCCUCUGCUUACAGAGUGGAUUAACACUGGAGGAAUAGUGCCUCCAGAAAUUGCAGCUGCUGCUUCUGAAGAAUGUGAAAAAAUGUUGAGAAUGGUUGAUCGGGUGGGUCGAGGUGCAUAUGACAAAAAAAAGCUGUUACUAUAUGCUUUAGUAUCUGGUUCUAGGAGGCAAAUUGACCGACUUCUGAGAGAUCUACCUACACUAUUCAAUACUAUAGAGGACUUUUUGUGGUUCAAGUUAUCAGCUGUACGGGACUUCCAUGGUGGUACCUCAGCUGUGGUCCUAAAUGAAGGUUCAGCGCCGUAUAGUCUGGAAGAUUUACAGGCUUACUUAAAUAAAUUUGAGCCAUCAUACUAUACCAAAAAUGGGAAGGACCCUCUGGUUUACCCUUAUGUAUUGCUUUUGAGCAUUCAGUUGCUAAAAGCUGUCUUGCAUUUGUCCAAGGAAGUUGCAGAUGAAGGAUAUGAUAUUGAUGCUGUCCACAUGGCAAUUGUGCUAGCAGACCACGGAGUUCUUUCUGAAGUUGCAGGAGCUGGACAAAAACUUGGUAUCAUGGAUGCUUAUGCAGAAGUCUCUAGUAUAAUUAGGCAAUAUGGUUCUACAUAUUUACGUCGUGGCAAUCUCUUGGGGGCAUUGGAAUAUUAUGCACAAGCUGCUGCUGCAGUAGGUGGUGGAGAGGUGUCAUGGACUGGGAGAGGCAAUGUAGAUCAGCAGAGACAGAGAAGUUUGAUGCUGAAGCAACUCCUUACUGAGCUACUAUUACGGGACGGUGGUAUUUAUCUCUUACUUGGUCCACGGGGUGCUGGAGAAGAAGGUGAAUUAGUGCGAUUUUUAAAUGACUUUAGAGUGAGACAACAAUUUCUGCUUGAAGCUGCCCGGCAAUGUCAGGAAGCCGGACUCUAUGACAAGUCCAUAGAAAUUCAGAAGAGGGUUGGAGCAUUUUCCAUGGCUUUAGAUACAAUUAAUAAGUGCUUGUCUGAAGCAAUCUGUGCCCUGUCACGUGGUAGACUGGAUGGCGAGAGCCGGACUGCAGGUCUCAUUCAUUCUGGCAAUGAGAUUCUGGAGACAUACAAGUAUUAUCCUGAUGUUAGUUUUCAAGAGAGAGAUCAUGUUUUAGAGCAAGAAACUGUGUUGAGACAGCUUGAGGCGAUUUUAUCUGUUCACAAGUUAGCAAGAUUGGGUCAUUAUCUUGAUGCUCUAAGGGAGGUUGCUAAGCUUCCCUUUCUUCCAUUUGAUCCACGAGCUCCAGAUGCCACUGCAAAUUUAUUUCAGAAUUUGUCUUCUCAUGUCCAAGUUUGUGUACCUGACCUUCUUAAGGCCGCUCUUACAUGUCUUGACAAUGUAACAGAUUCUGAUGGAUCACUUCGUGCUAUGAGGGCAAAGAUUGCACAGUUUCUUGCGAACAAUAUGAGUCGGAACUGGCCUCGCGAUUUGUACGAAAAAGUUGCUCGAAGUUUAUGAAUUAAAUGAACUGUGGCUGUUUUCUCUCUCUGAGGCUGAGCUUUCGGGGAUAAUUAAUUGAGGUUAUCAUCAAGAUCUUUGGUCCGUUUUUGAGCUUAAGAUGUGUAGUUGAGGCAUAGAUCAAGGAUCUUUGACAUGUAAAGGAACAGCCAAGAUAUUCAACUGAAAUAUGACAACUAAUUUGUCGGUGAGCUAACAGCUUUGGUUUCAAAAUGUUUUUUUUUUUCUUUUGACUGUUAACUUGCUGCGUUCUUCGAAUAGUUCUCCUCUCACUCUUAAGAAUGUGAGGUUUAAUGUGUCUGUUGAUAUUAUUAACUGGUAAUUGUCAGGUAGCAAGGAGUAGGAAAUUUGUGAUGGUGUGAUAGAUUUGUGGUUGAA